CGGUCAUGGAGCCGGCCGGAGGCUCCGGGCCACAGCAGAGAGCUGGAUCGGAAGUGGAGCAGCUGGGACUCGAACUGGCGCCCAUAUGGGAUGCCAGCAUUGCAGGCGGCGGCUUUACCCACAGCACCGGCCCCUGGUCAGCCUUCAAGCAGAAAGAUGAUUUGGCCGGCACAGACCCUGCCAAGGCCAUCAGGCCCAUCGACCGGAAGUCAGUCCAUCAGAUUUGUUCCGGGCAGGUGGUCCUGAGUCUGAGCACUGCCGUGAAGGAGUUGGUGGAAAACAGCGUGGACGCCGGUGCCACGAACAUCGACCUAAGACUGAAAGACUACGGGGUGGACCUCAUUGAAGUUUCAGACAACGGAUGUGGGGUGGAAGAAGGAAACUUCGAAGGCUUAACUCUGAAACACCACACUUCUAAGAUUCAAGACUUUGCCGACCUAACCCAGGUUGCAACUUUCGGCUUUCGGGGGGAAGCUCUGAGCUCACUUUGUGCACUGAGUGACGUGACCAUCUCCACCUGCCACUCGUCUGCCAAGGUUGGCACCCGGCUGGUGUUUGAUCACAGCGGGAAAAUCCUCCAGAAAACGCCCUGCCCGCGACCCAGAGGGACCACGGUCAGCGUGCAGCAGUUGUUUUACCCGCUGCCUGUGCGCCAUAAGGAGUUCCAGAGGAACAUCAAAAAGGAGUAUGCCAAAAUGGUCCAGGUCUUACAUGCCUACUGUAUCAUUUCAACGGGCGUCCGUGUGAGUUGCACCAACCAGCUUGGACAAGGCAAGCGCCAGCCUGUGGUGUGCACAAGUGGGAGCGCCAGCAUAAAGGAAAACAUCGGAUGUGUGUUUGGGCAGAAGCAGCUGCAGAGCCUCAUCCCCUUCGUCCAGCUGCCCCCCAGCGACUCUGUCUGUGAAGAGUACGGUCUGAGCUGCUCGGAAGCGCUGUACAAUCUCUUCUAUAUUUCAGGUUUCAUAUCACAGUGCACCCAUGGUGUUGGAAGGAGUUCAACCGACAGACAGUUUUUCUUCAUCAAUCGGCGGCCUUGUGACCCAGCAAAGGUCUCCAGGCUUGUGAACGAGGUCUACCACAUGUACAAUCGGCACCAGCACCCGUUUGUCGUUCUGAACAUUUCUGUUGACUCAGAAUGUGUCGACAUCAACGUGACCCCAGAUAAAAGACAGAUUUUACUGCAAGAGGAGAAGCUCUUGCUGGCAAUUUUAAAGACCUCUCUGAUUGGAAUGUUUGACAGUGACGUGAACAAAGUGAACGUCAGCCAGCAGCCGCUGCUGGAUGUUGAAGGUAACUUAAUAAAAGUGCACACUGCGGAAACGGAGACUCCUCUGCCCGGGAAGCAGGGUAGCCCCGCCUUGCUGAGGGCUCCAGGAGGGGAGCAGAGAAGGGCGGUGUCUGUGUCCCGACUGAGAGAGGCCUUCUCCCUUCGCCACACAGCAGAGAACAAGGCUCAGGACCCAAAGACUCCGGCCCUGAGUCCCAGAUGCAGGCCGCAGGAGACAGGAGUGCCACCGCCUAGCACCUCAGGCCCCAGCCCUGGCCCCAGCCGAGGCAGGCCGGGCCCUCGGGCAGAGGCUGUGAGUCCCAGCAAGGGCCCCGGAGACCACGAAGGCCUGGCGGGCACAGAGGAGGACCCUGGGCCCAGCAGCGCCCCAGCCAGCUCAGGGGAAGGGCUCUGCGCCCUGGACUGUGCAGCAAACUCCCCGAAGGAUGGGCCCCCGCGGGAACAUGUGUCGCCCUGCGAGGGUGAGACAGAGUCCGACGGGAACUGCCACGAGCAGCGUGAACAAGCUCAAGUUCGACCUGCACCUGCUGAGCUCUCGUCCCCGAGCGCCAAGCGUCGGAGGAAGGAUGGCGCUCCCUCCGGCCCGGACCUUCCCUGCAGGCCGGGUGACAGACAGGGCGGGCCGGCGUCUCAGCUUGAUGUGGCGGUGAAAGUCCCUAAGCGAGUGGUGCCCCUGGACUUCUCCAUGAGUGCUCUAGCCGAACGGGUGAGGCGCCUGCUUCGCCGAGAAGAGCCAGGUGGAGGCGAGCACAGCUACAGGAGGUUCCGGGCGAAGAUCUGCCCUGGGGACAACCAGGCGGCCGAGGAGGAGCUGAGGAAGGAGAUCAGUAAAGCGAUGUUUGCAGAGAUGGAGAUCGUCGGCCAGUUCAACUUGGGGUUUAUAAUCACCAGACUGCACGAGGAUCUCUUCAUAGUGGACCAGCACGCCACGGACGAGAAGUACAACUUUGAGAUGCUGCAGCAGCACACCGUCCUGCAGGGCCAGCGGCUCAUAGCGCCUCAGGCUCUCAACCUGACCGCUGUGAAUGAAGCCAUUCUCCUAGAGAACCUGGAGAUAUUCAGGAAGAAUGGCUUUGACUUUGUCAUCGAUGAAUCUGCUCCAGUCACGCAAAGGGCCAAGCUGGUCUCCUUGCCGACCAGUAAAAACUGGACCUUCGGGCCCCAGGACAUAGACGAGCUCAUCUUCAUGCUCAGCGACAGCCCUGGGGUCAUGUGCCGGCCCUCGCGCGUCCGCCAGAUGUUUGCCUCCAGAGCCUGCCGGAAGUCCGUGAUGAUUGGCACCGCCCUGAACCCCAGCGAGAUGAAGCAGCUUGUCACCCACAUGGGGGAGAUGGACCACCCCUGGAACUGUCCCCACGGAAGGCCCACCCUGCGGCACAUCGCCAAUCUGGCUGUCCUUUCUCAGAAGUGACU